GCUGCUACCGCGUUUCUUCAAUUAAUCCUCGCCACGACACGGGAUCCGAUAUCAGGCGAGAGAGAAACCACGCUCGUAACAGCCGACGUUGCUGAUAAACGCGAGUCUUCGCGAGACUAUUCGACAUACCGCGCGACGACAACGGCGACGAGAGCCAAACGUGAGUUUGAGGUGAAGAAGAACGAAACCGCUGGACGCGGUAAUCUCCCACGCGGAAGAUUUAUGCACAGGAAGACAGCCGCGAGUCAUCGCGUACAUGGGACAUUAAAAUCAUCGCAUCGCGCUUAAACGACAGAUCUUCUGCCGUAAGGUAUACAGUUUAAAGUAGUUGCAUGACUCUGAGGCACACGCGGGAUUUCGCGUACAGUGUACGUGUGUGAGUGGUAGGAGAAGGUGAGUGAGAGAGAGAGAGAGUGAGAGGGAGAGAAAGGGAGAACAGUGGAGAGAGGAAGGGGUAAGCGUGCGUGUGUACGUGAGCGAGUGGUGAGAGAGGCUGACGAGACGAAAGUGGUGGAACGAAAGGGUCAGUACUGGACGCCGCGAAAUCCCGUGAACAAGUGCCGACGAGUUCGUGUCGCGAGGUGGUCGUCCACUCCAUAAACCGAAACGUCUAUAUCCUUGACAAGAUCAGUCGACGCGAGUGCACGCGACCGGGGAAAAGGAGCCGAUCGUCACGAGGAAGAGUUUAGAACGGCAGGCAGAGAAAGAGAGAGAGAGAGAGAGAGAGAGAGAGAGAGAGGAAAAAAAGGGAGAGGAGAGUCUGGGUUACUACUCUCUCACGGUAGAGGCCAACGGACGGGGUCUCUCGGUCUUCCAGGAGUGGAAGAAUGGCAAUGGUCAGCAUGAAUAACCUACUGAACGGCAAGGACUCGCGGUGGCUGCAACUGGAGGUUUGCAGGGAGUUUCAACGCAACAAGUGCACCAGGCCCGACACGGAGUGCAAGUUCGCCCAUCCGCCGGCUAACGUCGAGGUGCAGAACGGACGGGUGACCGCCUGCUACGACAGUAUCAAGGGCCGGUGUAACCGAGAGAAGCCACCUUGCAAGUAUUUCCAUCCCCCACAGCAUCUGAAGGACCAACUCUUGAUAAACGGGCGCAAUCACUUAGCGCUGAAAAACGCGCUGAUGCAGCAAAUUCAGCAGGGCCUCACGCCGGGUCAGCCUCUCGUGCCCGGGCAGGUACCCGCAGUGGAGGCACCAGCACCUCCGGCACCACACCAUCACCUUCAACAGCAAAUCCAGCAGCAACUUCUCGCUACCCACGCCUUUAUGGCGACGAAUCCGUACCUGACCGGUAUGCCGCAGGUUGGCAAUACGUACAGCCCGUACUUCGCGCCCAGCCCGAUAAUGCCGGCGAUAAUGGGCCCGGCGGACCCAACGGGCGUCGGCAGUCCGCUCGGCGUGGUGCCGCAGACAGUGGCGAUGCCGCAGAAGAUGCCACGUACCGACCGCCUCGAGGUAUGUCGCGAGUUUCAACGCGGGGCGUGCAAACGCGGCGAGACGGAGUGCCGGUUUGCGCACCCCCUCGAGACGGUGCAGGCGAACGAGGACGGCUCUGUGACGGUCUGCAUGGACGCUGUCAAGGGCCGAUGCAAUCGGGACCCCUGCCGCUAUUUCCACCCCCCUCUGCACCUUCAAGCCCACAUUAAGGCCGCACAAUCUCGGGCUAGCAUUGCGACGGCGACGAUGCCGACGAACGUGACGGGAAUGGGUACGUUGGCUGGCGGAGUAUCAGGAGUGCCGGCAACUGCGAUGCCCGGAGGACUUCAGAGCGCCGGUAUGGCGAGCAUCGAGCUCGGCAAGAAGCGGAUGCGCGACUCCAAUGAUGAUCUGCUAAUGGUACCACGGCUUAUGCAUGGAAUGGACAUGAAGUCUGUCGGGUCGUUCUACUACGAGAACUUUGCCUUCCCAGGGAUGGUUCCGUAUAAACGACCGGCGGCCGACAAGUCCGGCGUGCCGGUCUAUCAGCCUACCGGUGCGACGACCUAUCAACAGUUAAUGCAGCUGCAGCAGCCCUUCGUGCCUGUGUCAUGUGAGUACACUGGAACAUCACCCCUACCCACCCAAACCUCUAACCAAUCGGUCGUGCAACCCCCGAACGUGCAAAGCAACCAUCACGCGAUGGUGGUGCAAUCCUCCUCCCAGGGAGCCGCUGGCGCCACAGUCAAUAACUGCGCCGACGCCAACAAUGGCGUGCUGAUGGAUCCUUGCAACAAUCCGCCGCCGGCAGCUCCGACCGCUGACAAUAACAGUAACAAUAGUAACGGCAGUAACAAGCAGCCGGUUACCACGCAGAAUCACGAUGUCGAAAAUGCGCGUAACUCCCCCGAAUUGAAUCACUCGAGUCCGUCGACGCUGCAACAGCAACAGCAACAGCAUCAACAGCAACAGCAUCAACAGCAACAGCACCAACAGCAGCAGCAGCAGAUGCAACAACACCAACACCAACAGCAACAGCAGCAGCAGCAGCAGCAGCAGCAGCAAAUUAGCCAUUUGGCGCUACCGUCAGCGAUGAGUCCAUUGACCUCAAUGGCCGGUCUGACCUCGAUGCCUGGCAUGGUGAACAUGGUCUCCAUGGCUUCCAUGGCCUCCAUGGCGAAUAUGUCACCGAUAACGAGUAUGACCUCUAUGGCCAAUUAUAACGCUGCCUCCAAUAUGGCGAGUCUAAACAUGCUCAACAGCCUCGGGAUGACCGGAUUACCAUCUUCUUUCGAUCCAGCUGCUCUCGCCAAAGAGGUCGCCCAGAAAAAUUACGCUAAAGCCAUCAAGCUUUCACAGGCCUCCCAGUCUUACGGCAUUGGCCAACUCGCUGCGCUUAAUUACACCGGCGUCGCUCUGAACAAACAAAACCUCGUGAAUCCGGCCGCGGCGGCCGCCGGGAAUCCCGCGGUGGCGGCAGCGAGUCUGCAAGCCACCGCGGGGACUCCCAGACCCGUCAUUCCGAGUCUGGCCGGUAUCUCGGGCGCCUUGACCUCACCGCUGUCCGCGGGUAUCUUGGCGUACUCCAGACCGCCGCCCACAGCUACUCCCCUAAAUCCAUAUUCCCUGAUCAGGCAGCAGAUCUUGCCAAAUCCGUACGUCCAAGCGUCGAUGUCCGGCGUACAGACCUCGCCCUACGUCCAGAAUCCGUAUGCCGUUCUACCUGGAGUAGCCAGCGUACCCGGGGUAGCGGCCGCGGGUGUACCGCAGAUACCGCAGAUAGGCAAUCCGGCGACGAUAGCGGCGCAGCCGCAAGUAGCGAUCCCCGCAAGCUCCGGGGUGAUCAUGCAACCGUACAAGAAGAUGAAGACGUCGUAAAGACGUUCCUGCCUAUCGGCUCGGGAGGACUCGUCUCUUCUCACGAGAGUGUGCCGUUCCUUUCUUCGGGCACCACCUUUCCAUUCUCUCCCUCGCGGGAACGAGCGAACGAUUGCGCGAUAGUCACUACGGAUGAUGAUUGCCACUUACCGAUCGCGGUAGUGGUGCAGUUUAGAUAAUUCUAGAGUAUCUUUACGAUUAGCGUUCAAUUGCGGGGACGAGUGAGGAAUUGUAACAAUUAUUACGUUCUGAAUAGACUUUCGCAAUUGUAUUUUCGUAGUUUCGUAGUUUCAGUCUCUCAAUAAGAUUGAUGAAAACGACUAAUCGCGUUUAGAAGUAAAAGUAGCGUUCGUGGAAGUGAAAAGCUUUUUAAGGUUUAUAAGGUACCGCAGAUCUAUAAAAUUGAGCUAAAUGAAUAUUUGAUACAUUAGUUUACAAUAACCGAAUGGGAGUUAGUCCUAGGAUGUUAUACUUUUCGGCAUUAAUUACAUAGUGGAGAUUAGUCAACUUCUUGUCAUACGUUGUUAUUUGAAUUUGUCUAUAUUUUGCUGAUAAAAGUGUUUUAAAGAGAACGAGAGAGAAAGAUAGAGUAUAUAUAUAAUAUAUACAUUCUUUAUACCAUGUACAAGAUAUCGAAUUGCAAUUUAUUAGCUUUAAUUUUAUUCGAUGUUAUAAAAAAAAAA